AUGGGAGGAGAGAUACCGGCUUUGGCAAUUACCGACUCUCUAAUUCGAGCCAUUCCGGAAGCAAUUGACCCUCAGUCUUAUCAGCAGGAAACUUUUACUAAUUCUCAGUUAGACUUUGCCACUUAUACCCGCCCCGAGUUAUUUGAAGAUUUAAAAGUCCCUUCGGUAUUAUUAUCCGGUAAUCAUAAGAAAAUUGAAGAAUGGCGCAAAAAAAACAGUCAAGAAAAAAUUCAGUAUUCAGUGGCACAAGGAGGAUUUAUACAAGUUACUUAUCAAGUUUUCAACCCAGCAACUCGCGAAGAAAAAACAGUAGUGGGAAAUGUUAUUGGUAAAGAAAUCGAUAGUAUAGGUAUCGGUUCUUUAAACUUUUAUGAUAAAAUUGAUUUUGAAGAGGGAGAAUACAUUAAAAAACUAAGUGCAAUUCGUGACAUGAUUAAUGGUUACAUUGGUCAGGUUAGGAUAACGGUAGCUUCUACGAUGACUAACAAAACAAGAUCUUUUUGGUUUAUGAAAGCAACAACACCAGUAACUAUUGCUAUUAGUAAUAUUACAUUAAAAAACGUUGCCUGUUUAGCUGGUUAUGGCGGAGGUCCAGUAGCGGGCGAAGUCGAAAUUGCUAAUCCGCAAGACCAAAUAAAAAUUUUGACUGCCGAAUUGGGUAAAGUUGAACAAGUUUUAAACAAGUAUGGUAUUCAUGACAUUAAGGAAUUAGAUGAAGCACCCGAAGAAAUCAAAAAGCAAGUAAAUUUACUCGCCUUACUCCAACCACAAAUGGCCACUCUUACCCAAAAGUACAGUGAUAGCCAAACUGAAUUAAAUAGUACUAAGAAUGAACUAUCUGCCAAAAAUGCAGAAAAUCAUCUUUUAAAUUUACAAGUAACUAAUUUAACCAGUGAAAUUGUCCAAAAAGAUAAUCGAAUUACUGAUUUAGAAAAAAGGCCUAAUGUUAGUAGUAAUGAUUGGACUAAUGAUUUUUCUAAAAGACCAACUCAAAAGGAAUUAGAUGACAUAAAAAAUGAAAGGGACAAUCGUCCGGAUACUUCCUUAAUUGACCAAACUCCUCAGCAGGUUAAAGGUCAAUUAGUAAAUUUAGGAAAGGGACCUUCUCAACAAGACUUUGAUGAUUUAAGGCAACAGUUUUUAGACUAUAAAAAAGACAAAAUUGGGGAACGAAUAGAAAACAUGAUAGAAAAUUUUCAAAAUGAGUUGGGGGGUGCAAACUUGGAACGAGAUCUUCGCCUAUUUUUUGGUAAUCGUUAUCACUCUCUCUUAACAAAACACUUAACUCUUGACAAAUUAAAUGAUGAUAAUUACUUUAAGCAAGUUGAGAGUACUAUUAAAAUUGUUGUUUAUAGUGCUGCUUCGCUAGAAGCUGAAAGAAAGCAAAAACCACUGAUGCAGUACAAUACUACUGAUCAUGAUACCAAAAAAGAAAUGAUAGUUCUGUUUGAUAAAUUGUAUAGUUUUGACACUUCACAACUUCUUCCGAUUGAAAUUGAUGUUGCUAAGAACCCUUUUUAUUCAGACAGAGUAGGGAAAAUUAUUGGAAACCUUACGCCAACAUCAACGCCAAUAAUAAUUAAGAAAAGAGAGUUGGAGGAAUUGUUGAGUGAUUAUGAAGAAAAGUUAGAAAAGAACGAUUUUGAAGAUUUAAAAAAUUUUCUGGAGGCCAGUGAGGAAGUUAUUAAAACUGACAAUAAAUAUGCUAAAGGACAAAAGCAUCAGAGGAAAGUUAUUGGCAAAGAACUAGCCCAAGAAGUUAUUGAUGAACAAAUUGACAAAGGAGAAAUAAAAGUGCCGAAUGACUGA